CAGCCUUACAAUCUUACGCAACGGAACCAGUCUUCUGUCGGACACGCAGUGCAACGCACCCAAUCGACUCAUAAUACGCAUUAUUAUAAUUUUCGCCCUACUGACAGUGACAAAUAUCGACGACAAGAAAGAAAAUUGGGUACUUCUCUUCAAAUAACGCAAAAGAUUUCUUCGUGAAAUCAAAAUAGUGUGUUUUCCUUGUUAUUGUUUCUGAGCUGAUGAAACAGAAGAGUAUUGAAAUUAACUAAAACUCGAAAUGGUCAUUACGGAAAGGACGCCGUUAACUUGGCCCACAGACUCGCCUAACUAUACUGAAUUCUCCAAUAUACUGCGAACAAGAACUUCUAGAGUUCGGAAUUUCCAGUGCUGUGUCUGUGCCAUGUUACUGGCUUUGUGCAUGAUGGCACUGGUAGUAACGAUUAGCUAUUCAGUGAAUCACACUACCGAGAAUAGGAACGUAACAUCCCUAACCCUGGAUUCAGGUAAUUUAUUACAUUCUACGUGGAAUCUCAUGAGAGCAGAGUUUGUCGAUACAAAUGUAACGGCAUUGACUGACAGCGAGUGGCAGAGUGGAAUUUCAGCGGGUCACGAGGCGAUCAAAGAGCGCGUGACAGCCAAUGCUGGAGCAACACCUUUGAUAAAUCCAUCGCCAAAUUUCAGACACCAAUUUGCCGUCAGUACCAGUGUAUUUGCUGGCCAACUAGCUCUCGCUGGUCUUGCGGAAAUAGCGGCAACACGAGUUAUUGAGAGAGGCCGACUUUUACUUGGAAAACAGUCAUCGAUCGGAGCAUAUUUUGAUAGUGGUUGGGCAUUGGACGGUGGGUGCAAAGAAUUUGGAAAUAUUACCUGUCUAAAAAGCAAGUAUCGGACCUAUGAUGGGACCUGCAACCAUAAACGACAGUGGGGUUCUGCUUUCUCACCGUUCAAAAGGUCUUUACCACCGGACUACGGUGAUGGACUUAGUUCGCCCAGGAAAGGAAAAUCGGGCAAGAGUUUACCAUCCGCUCGUGAAGUCAGUCUCCGUGUUCAUUCACCAUCUCCAAGUUCGAAUCCAUCAUUCACUGUUAUGUUAGCUGUGUUUGGGCAAUUCUUUGAUCAUGAUAUUACGGCAACUGCCAUAAGUCAAGGAACUAACGGCAGUUCUAUAGCGUGCUGUCCUCCUGCAACUGGCCAUCCAGAGUGCUUUCCUGUCCGCGUGGGACCAGGUGAUCCGGUCUAUGACGCCACUAAAAGUACCUGCAUGGAGUUUGUCAGAUCAGCUCCAGCUCCUCAAUGCAGAAUCGGCCCACGCCAACAGCUUAAUCAGGUGAGCGCAUUCAUUGAUGCUUCUGUGGUAUAUGGUGCAACUGAACCCAGCGCUCAAUAUCUUCGGGAAGGAGUGGGCGGUCGCUUAAAAAUGCAGGUAACACCGGAUAACAGAACGCUCCUACCUCCAAGUGAAAACCCGAACGAUGGAUGUAACAGGAUUCUCGAAAAUCUGCGUGGGCGAUACUGCUUCGCAUCAGGCGAUGCCAGAGCGAACGAGAAUCUUCACCUAACUACAAUGCAUCUGCUAUGGGCACGUCAACAUAAUAGAAUUGCAGAUACUUUAGCCAGAAUAAAUCCUCAAUGGAACGAUGAAAGACUCUAUCAAGAAGCAAGGCGCAUUGUUGGGGCUCAGCUACAACACAUUGCAUACAAUGAAUUUCUACCCAUCGUACUAGGUAAAACUGCAAUUGAUGAGAAGGGAUUGAAACUUCGCAAUAAUGGUUAUUGGAAGGGUUAUGAUUCCAAAGUUGAUCCUGCAAUAGCAAAUGAAUUUGCAGCAGCAGCAUUCAGAUUUGCUCAUACGCUGCUUCCGGGGCUUAUGAAAAUAACUGACGCGGCAAAGGGAACUUCUUCAUAUACAGAGCUUCACAAAAUGCUCUUCAACCCUUACAGUUUGUACAAAUCAAGUGGUGUUGAAGAUUCAGUUAGUUCAGCCACUGCUAAUUUCAUACAAAAAACUUCGACGCAUGUUACUUCACAGCUGACCAGAUAUAUGUUCGAAGAUCCUGUAGCCAAUAAUUCGAUUCCGUGUGGUUUGGAUUUGGUGUCUCUAAACAUACAACGAGGUAGAGACCACGGGUUAGAUGGCUAUCCGGCUUGGAGGGAACGCUGUGGACUCAGUCGUCCAGCCAAAUUUUCGGACUUGAAGGAUGACCUUGAUGCCGAUGCAUUAGCAGAAAUAUCCAAGUUAUACGUGUCUGUGGAUGACAUCGAUUUGUACAGUGGAGCAUUAGCCGAACUACCAAAGACUGGUGGACUUUUAGGGCCAACGUUCACAUGUCUCAUUACUGAUCAGUUUACUCGAUUGCGACAAGGCGAUCGCUACUGGUAUGAAACUGACGAAGCGCCUCAAGCUUUUACGAAAGACCAAUUACAAGAAAUACGGAAGACUUCACUUGCCAAGCUGAUUUGCGAGUGCUCGGAUGGAAUUGUGAAAAUUCAAGCGGAGGUGAUGCGUGCACGAGGACCCAAUAAUCCAGCAAUGUCUUGCGUCGAUAUUUUGGGCCCAUCCUUGGAUAAGUGGAAAGAAUAAAAGCGUACUGCUGUAAAUGUCACGAGCGAAUUUGAGCCCAAGCGGCAAUUAUGAUUAUGUUACAGAUAAAUUUGCGAGUGACGAGGUUACAUUUGAGUAUAAAAUCUGUUUAUAGACUUUACAACUGAUAGUCAGAUCACAUCAAUCUAUACUAUCAAGGAUAGCUCAGCUUAUUCAUCUACACAAAUCAUGAGACCGAGAUAUUAUACGCUGGAAAAGUAUCGAGGAUGAUUUAAAAUACAUGGUGAAAAUUAACUGAUUGGAGAAAUCCGAUUUUAUUUCAAAAACAGUUUGGGUUUAACAAUUAAUGAUCUAAACAUGUGUUGGUAACCAAUAAUUAACAAUACCCUAUUCUCAACAAUGAAAUUAAAAGUUAAUAAGAUAUGGGUAUUGAACAAAUGUGUGUGUGGGUGUGUGUAUGUAUUUGUCAAUAUUUUCAGGUUUAAGAGGAAAAUCAUGUAUUUGGUGAAAACGAUAGAACAAAAUUUUCAAGCUGACGUAGAGUGAUAUAGAAUGUAAAAUAGUACUUGACUUCAUACGUGAAAAUGAAUAAAAUUAGGUGGUAAUUUCUUUUCUCAUCAUAACUCUUUAAAACUAUAUAUUCUGCAGUUUAGAAAAUUUCAUUUUCGUCAUUCAUCAACGUAACCAAUAACAAUGUAGGCAAUCAUACGGCAAGACUUAAUAAAAGUGCCGUCCCUCGUUUGAUCCAAAAAUCUGGUCCCUCAGGCCCUGCUUUCAAAUCAACAGCCACAACGAAGGAUGAUCUUCCUUGCCCGCCACAUCUUUGUGGGUAGUAAUAGCAAGGGCAGUUGUACAAUCCUGAUAAAAACAUUAAAAGAAUUAUCAUCAGAGUUAUCCACUGUAUCCCUCAAAGUAUCCGAAAAGGUGAAGAUAGAUGAAGAACCACUAAGGUUUCUGACAAUACCAUAUCAGAAUUGCAAACAAAUCUCAUUAUUGUAUUAUAACGGGUGUGCUUAAGAGACAUAUAGACUUGAGAAAGAUUUCGAGCUGUCUGUAUUAGUUACUAUUUAUUUGGUUAAAAACGAAGACAAUAUUUUUAAGGUUUGAAUUUUAAAUUGGAUUCAAAAAAGCUUGAUCCGAGUAAUAUAGAAAGUAGAUGAGAGGAGAGAUUAGUGAAAUUCUAUAAUUUUUGGAUUUGCUUGAAAUUUAAACUUAUACCAGAGCUUCAUAAGACUAGUUGUUUUCAUUCAGUUAUAAUCAAUUAUAUUCAACGUGUGGCCAGGUUAAUAAGGUCAAGAACACUAAUGUUCUUGAAAAAACCUCUAACCACAAAAUUUUUACUAUGAAAAUUCCGGAAAGGUCCUUAGUUAUCAGAAGAGCCAUUAAAAUUGCGUUUCAACAAGUUACCGACUAUCUGUACCAAUAAUUUGCAACAGGCCAUUCAUUUGAAUUUGCUAAGAUUUGUGUGGAAAUGGUCAAUGGGGGCAUCCAUUAAUCACGCGAUGCCUUUAUAAUCAAUCUUAGACCCCCCCCCCCCUCCCCC